GAAUCGCGGAUGUAAACAUCGAAUCACUCCCCGAAUACAGCGUUUUUUAAAUGGUUUCAAGGUGUUUUUGAACGCUGGGUUCAAUUAUUUCGUGUACAGUACGAACCUGCAAUUAGCACCAUGCCUACAAUCAUCGCGUUGGACGUGUCGCUGUCGAUGUCGCGCCCUAUUCCAAACCAACCAUCAAGCACCGGUGGUUCUGGUAGUACGGAAUCGGAUAAUGUGCUGACCUAUCAUCACCUGGCCGUCCAGGGUAUCAACUACGUGCUGGAUUAUCUCGCUAAGCACGCCCGAUUGGAAUAUGUAUCGUUGAUAAUCUAUUCGUCGUUGUACGAGGUGGUGGUGGAUUUCACGCGCGAUUACGACACAAUCCGGAAUGCGUUGCAUAAGAUCGAGCAUUAUGACAAGACGUGUCUGGAGAAUGUGCUGGUGGCGGUGAACAACGCUUUUAAGGCACACUGGGGCAGUCAGAACUAUUGUCAGAUCAUCUUCAUCACCGACUGUGGCGUUGGAAUGGGCCCGAGUUCGCUCAAGAACACGAUUAUUAACAUACAGACGUACAAAGCGACAUGUGCAGCAGCAGCAGCAGCGGCUGCUGCCACAUCCGAUGGCACAAAGACAACGGUUACGGUCGGUAGCAACAGUGCUGCGAUUCCACCGCCGGGUGAAAACCAGUGGGUAGGGUUCUCCUACCCAAGCAAACUAUCAUUCAUGUGCCUCGGGAGUCUAUCCACCGACUCUGCCUUCCGAUGUGGCACGAAGCUGUAUAUGCAGCUGUUAGAAGUGAGCGGGCAAAAAGGGCAACUGUUUAUACCACGCAUGAAGAUGAAACAUGAGGAAUCGGGUGGAGAUGAACCGUCCCCUACCACCGGAGAAGAUGGUGAGGACUUUGUGAGACAGUUGACGCGAGCGUCUGCGUUGGAAUCCUUUGCAUCGAUGUGCGACACCAACUAUCGACAGUUUGAGGCAACGCUACGCUGUGGCGGAUACUUCCGACUGGAAGAACCAAUCACUGUUUGGCCAGCGCCACUUCCUUACACCGCACGUGACGUGUUGGGCGCUGAGACGACCAAGCUUAUGUCACGCCGAUUGGAAGUUUGUGGUUUUCUCCGAAUGUCGGACAUUGGUUCUCCAAUGUCCGUCAGUAGACACUUAAUACUACCACGCAGCGUUGGCGGAUUGACAGUAGGAACUUCGGAACAGAACGAAGGUGGAAAACCAUCGACGAACGGCGGGUUAAAGAACGGACACGGUCACUCCUCCGCCGAAGAACGUCUCGAAGCCGACAUUAAAGCAUUCUACGCCAAAUCGGAUGCCGGAGACCAUCAUCCGCACGAGGAUCAUGGGCUGGACGGUACGGACGUGAACAAGGAAUCGGUUUGCGUGCUGCUGCACGGCUCGCUCAAGGUAGAAAACAUGGCGGCACUAGUGCAUGUUGGGGAUAAUUGGUAUGGGUUCAUCUACUCGUACGCAGAUGGUAAGAAAAAGUGGAACCUCAUGCUGAAUGUACUCCCGCCCGGCAGUGAUGUAGUGCCAUGGUUGGGUGAUCUACGCUAUCUCGGCACACUGGAAGACGCUUUCCAGGGCGAAAAUCCAUCGUUCCCCAUCAAGGCAGAUAAGCGCAGCUACUCGCAAACGAUUGUCGUCUGGAUACGGCACGCAAGCCUACAAUCGGACAUACAAAAGGUAUUGCGGCACGCGAAGAAAUUGCCCGAAAAGACGCAACACUUCUACAAGGAGCUGAACCGUAUCCGGCGGGCCGCAUUAUCGCUCGGAUUUGUCGAGCUGCUCGAAGGGUUGGCACACAUUUUCGAACGUGAAAUCAGCACGCUUCCACUGAACGCAUCGCCCGAUUGCUCCAUGCAGCUGACACAUGCCGCGAUUGAACUUCGCAAAACGAACAACCGCGAUCUGAAGUCCAUUAUCCAUGCACUUCCCACACAAUACAAUCAGCUAGCAUAACUGGGAACUGAGCUUUUGUUUAAAUACGCGGGAUUAAAAAGAAAUAGAUAAAUUAUUUCCUAACACUACUACAGAACAAAUUUCUUUCAUUUCAUCUUCGGCCAUUUGCAAUUUACUAGGAGUA